GAAUUACAUUAUUGGCUGCCAGAGAAAACCAAUAGUUGAUUAUAGAUCGGCUUCAGUAUGGAAUUUGACAGCCCAGAAGUACAGAAGGAAUUUCCUGGCCUUUACGCAAAACCAGAUUGUGAAAUGGGGGACCCUGCAGAUUAUGACGAGGAUCUCGACAAGAAGAAGAAAAAGGAUAAGAAGGAUUCAAAAAAGGAUAAAGGAUAUGCGACCUUAGCGGAUGAGAAUUCCCAGGAAGAAGAUGACGGUGGUGGGAGUGGAGAACAUUCCGCAAAGAAGAAACUUAAGGGGUUUAAACUUCCGUCAGCCAAGAAGAAAGAAAAGGAAAAAGAUAAGGAACCAAAGGAUAAGGACGUUAAGAAGGACAAGAAAGUGGAAAAGGAUAAGAAAAAAGGGUCAGACACAGAGAGAAAGUCGAUAGAUAGAGAAGUUCCUUUCUCCACUGUAAGAAUCCCCUUCAGUGCGGAGAGACAUCGAGAUAUUCAUGCUCAUAGAUCCAGUGUCCCUGCCGCCUUCUUCACUUCCACACCAAAAACAGGAAAAGAUAAGUCCGAAACUGCUGACAAUUCCCCAGUUCCCCACGUGGAGAAGGAAAGGUCGUCCUCUUCGGCCCUCAACGCAUUCUUAAACGCCCCAGCUCCCCUGUUCCUCCAAAAAAAGAAGGCAAAAGACAAGAAGGAGAAGGAACCCAAAAAGGAGAAGGAGAAAGUGCACAAGAAGGACAAAGAAGAAAAGAUUAAGGACAAGGAGCACAAGGACAAAAAGGAAUACGCGAGUGGCGUGGCGAAAGUGAAGUUGAAAUUAAUGAGAUCCAAGAAUUCUUUGGAUGAUCCGCAUGAAAAAGGAGAAUUGCAUGUCUCAGUGUCACAUCAAUUUCCGGAAGAUCCUGACUCUUUGGGGAAGGAAAUCCGAAAAUAUGAGCAACUUUUAGAACAAACUCACACACAAAUGAAAUCGAGCAAGAAAGUUUCCAAGAAGCAGGAAGCAAAGCAAGAAGAACAAUUGUGGGAACUACAACGGACACUAACUGCUCUGAAGAGGAAAUUGAGAUCGAUAAAUGCAUUGUCUACUGCCUCCAUAAAUCAUCAUCCAUCUGCCGGACCUCCCAAUUGCAGUGUUUCUGACAUUGGAUCUGAAAGUACCGUUGAAAGUGCGAAUAGUAAAUCUAGUCCCAUAUCAAACAACACUAUUCCGCCCAUAUCGGGAUCUCCUAAUAAUGCAGUAGCACCAGCCAACUCAAACUCGACAAUACCCAAUCAUUUAGAAAAAGCUUGUGAUAAAUUGCCCCAACAGCCCCCAGAAAUCAUUGCAACCGUAACAAGGAAUGAAUCUCCUCCAAAGUUAAAAUCCCCCACGACUUCUGAAAGUUGUGCCAUCAUUAGAAAAGAUAUUACCAGUGUACUAGAAGACUCCACUAGUAUUAAUACCAUUACUACGACGGAUCGUCCUAGAAAGUUGACUGAUGAUGAUGAUGAGCCUGUUGAAGACAUUGUUGUUGUGAUUCCUCCUCCUGCCUCCCAGGUCCGGAAAUCUGCUCGUCGAUCUCUCGACUUUUCAGAAAUUGUCGUCGACAAUAAGAAGCACCCUACAAGUAUCUCAAACUGUUGUUCUAAAGACAUUUGUGUUGUUGAAGAAGAGCAAGAAAGAAAAGCAAUGGUAGUUGAUCCCGAAGUGAAACCAAUAGAAGAAUCUCCAACAGUUAUUGUGCAACAUGAACAGGUCCAAGUGCACGUAAUUGUUCACCAAGAAAGUAAAGAGGAUGAUGACGACGAUGUGAUUAAUGAUGGAGACGCGGAUGAUGAUUCUUCUGUAGCAAAAAGUGAGGAAGAUGACGAUGAAGCAUUGCCUUCUAGGAUUGAAGAGAACAUUGUAAGUGUACUGGACGAUGCUAACGCAAUGCUGCUCGGCUCAAUGCACGAAGAGCUGGAAGAGGCUGCUCUAGUAUUCGGCCAAAAGUUAUCCAAAGGUCGCAUCAGAAAGGCUACAGUGUCAAAAUCCGAACCGACUUUUGGCGAGCAAAAUAAUGAUUCCUCUGAUGUUGAAUUGAUUCGUGACGAGGAUGACGAAGGGCCCGAAAGUUACAUCGAAGACCUUAUCCCAGAGCUAAUGUGCCUUCCCGAAUUUGAAACUGCAGAGUAUAUUUCGUAUGAAAAUGAUCAACUUGCCCUCUUUAAUAAAGCCGUUCAAGAGGAGAUUAUGAGGGAGGAGAGCGACUUGGAGGUUAUGAUUGAAGAGUUGGAAAGUAUUCGAAUUACCAACGACACAAACAAAACUGAGAAUAACUUUGAGGAUUGUGAUAUGGAAAAAUGCGUUGCAGUCUGGAAAGCAGUUAAAGCUGAAAACGAAGCUCUUCAUAUGAACGUCUCUCGUCUACGACAAAUGGUAGCUCUGAAUAAACUUGAAGAAUUCAAAUUAGAAACUCGACUGAGAUAUCUCGAGGAUAAAAUUAUACCCCUUUCGCCAAUCACAAUCACAACACCACUCCAUUCAGAAGCAAUGUAAAAAUCACUAAUAUAAAUAUAAUGAAAACAAGAUCUUAUUUAUCUACA